AUGACUUCUACGAUCACGAACCCCGACCUCAGAGGCAUCUUGACGCCGCUCCUACCUUCGUUGCCUGCCGCAGCACUCUCGACCCAGCCCGCCCCCGCAAUAUUACCACUACUCUCGCCGAUCCUCCGACAGCGUGUCCAACUCUUGUCCUCAGCCAGCACAGACCCAUGGCUGCGUUUAUUAUCCUACGACAAGGGCAAGGACGGGCGAUUGGCAGAGGUUGCUCGGAGUGACCGACUAGAGCCACAUCCCGUUUCCGGCGAGGUCGAGGUCGACUGGGACUACGAUGUCCAGACACAGUACAGACGACUCGACGAGGAGACGCUGCAAGCACUUGUUGUUCUCGAGGACUUUGAACUGUUCUUCCGACUAGUAUAUUGUGUCAACGACGAGGCAGGAGGCGGCGACGGGUGGCGGGUCGGCGAGAUCAGCGUCCCGGACAAAUCGAACCCGUUCGCAUCGUUCGCGGGGUACUCGAGCAUUGAGGCCGCGGAGAAUUCGUUCCGGCAGCAGGACGCGAACACCAACAAGUCCGUAUCACAACCAGCCAGCACUGACGUGGCGUAUCAGCCUGUAGACGACAAGCAAGAGGAAGAGGACGACGACGAUGAUUACUGGGCUCGUUAUGAUGCCACACCAGCGCGCACGCCACAGCCAGCCCGCUCGCCAGCACCGCAGUCAGCACCACAGCAGACAUUGGCAGCUACUCACCAGGCCGUCGCCGAGGAAGACGAUGCAUACUUUUCCCAGUACGACAACGUGCAGCCCGCGAUGGACAACCACGACCCAGACGAGGCUCAAGCGGCACAAGAAAUCACGGGCUCGGCACCUCCCCUGGGCCUGCAGCACCCUGUAGGCUCGGGCACAAGAGCAGGCGAGGACGGCGAGGAAGCCAACGAGACCAACGGGGCGUGGACGCUCGCGCCGUCGCCGGGCGGCAGAUCGCAGGAAGAGGAGGAGAGGACGGCAUCGCUCGCACACCCCAGGCCGGAGUCCAGCGCCAGCUCGAACGGGUCGAACACGGUGCUGAAGCUGGAGGAGCAGGCGGGGCGGCAGGAGUCGAGCGAGUUCGGAAUUAAGCAGCACGUGUCGAGGAGCAUCAGGAGCCUGUUCUUGUUAUCGCGGGCGGCGGGCAUCGACCGGGACGAGUUCGAGCGGAUGGUCAAGACGGAGCUGGAUGUGCUGGGGAUGGUCGAGGAUGAUAUCUAG